UUCAAUGCAUUUUGUUGUCUUCCCACUUUACACCAGCUCAGCCUCUGUUCCUCUCCUUCUUCUUCUUUCUCUUCUCUUCCAAAACCAGAAAAUUCUGCAGAAUAACUUUUCAUUCACAAGAUUGGAAAGAUAGAGUUUUCCAAAUCCGAGAAACAAACACAAAAAUAUCUUGUCUUCGUCUAACAAAGAGAUAGCUCCAAAGUCCAAAACAAAACAAAACAGAGUACUCUGCUCUAUAAAUUUCGUUCCUUUAUUACUCUGGUCUAUAAAACAGAGUACUCUGCUUUUAUAAAUGAGUUAAAGAUCAGUAGUAAAGACAAGAAUGGCUGCCUUAUGUGUCACGUUACUUGUUCUUCUCUCAAUCUUUCUUUCAACACCACCAACUAUUCAAGGAAACGCAGAGCUGAAAGCUUUAAUGGAGCUCAAAUCAUCGCUUGACCCUGAGAACAAGCUUCUCCGAUCAUGGACGUUUAACGGCGACCCAUGCGACGGAUCUUUUGAAGGAAUCGCCUGUAACCAGCAUCUGAAAGUUGCAAACAUAUCUUUACAAGGGAAACGUUUGACCGGAAAAUUGUCUCCGGCAGUUGCAGAGCUCAAAUGUUUAUCAGGUCUUUACUUGCAUUACAAUAGUCUCUCCGGAGAGAUACCUCAAGAGAUCACAAAUCUCACUGAAUUAUCAGAUCUUUAUCUCAAUGUUAAUAACUUCUCCGGCGAGAUUCCGGCAGAGAUCGGCUCCAUGGCUGGUUUGCAAGUUAUGGAUCUUUGCUGCAACAGCUUAACAGGGAAGAUACCAAAUAACAUUGGAUCUUUGAAGAAACUAAACGUGUUGUCUCUGCAACACAACAAACUAACCGGAGAGGUUCCUUGGAGUGUGGGGAACUUGAGUAUGUUAAGCAGGCUUGAUUUGAGCUUCAACAGUCUGUUAGGUCUAAUCCCAAAAACCCUAGCCAACAUUCCUCAGUUGGAUACUCUUGACUUGCGCAACAAUACUCUCUCUGGCUUUGUUCCUCCUGGUCUCAAGAAGUUGAAUGGGAGAUUCCAGUUUGAGAACAACACAGGAUUAUGUGGUAUAGAUUUCCCUUCUUUGAGAGAUUGUUCUGCUUUCGACGAAGCAAACAUCGAAUUCAAGCAGCCUCCGGGUGAAACAGACACUGAUAAAUCAAGUCUUCACAACAUAUCUGAGUCUGUAUAUAUCCAGAAGCAUUGCAACCAAACACAUUGCCACAAAUCCUCAUCAAAACUCCCACAAGUUGCGUUGAUAUCAAGCGUGAUCACCGUCUCUAUAACAUUGAUUGGUGCCGCUAUAUUAACCUUCUUUCGCUACAGAAGAAGGAAGCAAAAGAUUAGUAACACACCAGAGUUCUCCAAGGGAAGACUAAGCACAGAUCAGCAAAAAGAUCUCCGUGCAUCACCUCUCGUGAGUCUUGCCUACACAAAAGAAUGGGAUCCGCUUGGCGAUAGCAGAAACGGAGCUGAGUUCUCACAACAAGAGCCUCAUCUCUUUGUUGUUAAUAGUAGCUUCAGGUUUAACUUAGAAGACAUUGAAUCUGCAACACAGUGUUUCUCAGAAGCUAACAUAAUGAGCAGAAACAGCUUCACCUCAGUGUUCAAAGGAGUCCUCAGAGAUGGUUCUCCCGUAGCUAUCAGAAGCAUCAACAUAAGCAGUUGCAAGAACGAAGAAGUCGAGUUCAUGAACGGUCUAAAGCUUUUAUCUUCGCUAUCACACGAAAAUUUAGUGAAGCUACGCGGAUUCUGCUGUUCUAGAGGCAGAGGAGAGUGUUUCCUCAUCUAUGAUUUUGCUUCAAAAGGAAAGCUUUCGAACUUUCUUGAUUUACAAGAAAAAGAAACCAAUCAGGUUCUUGCUUGGCCUACAAGAAUCUCCAUCAUCAAAGGGAUUGCAAAAGGUAUUGCUUACUUACAUGGAAGUGAUCAACAGAAGAAACCUACAAUAAUUCACCGAAACAUAUCUGUCGAAAAAAUCCUACUCGAUGAGCAACUCAACCCGCUAAUCGCUGAUUCAGGUUUACACAACCUUCUAGCAGAUGAUAUGGUCUUCUCAGCACUCAAAACAAGUGCAGCAAUGGGAUACUUAGCUCCGGAAUACGUCACAACCGGGAAAUUCACGGAGAAAACCGACGUUUUCGCCUUUGGAGUCAUCAUACUCCAGAUAAUCUCUGGCAAACUCAUGCUUACAACUUCACUGAGACUUGCAGCUGAGGAUGGAGAAGUCAACGGUUUCAUCGAUGAAUAUCUCCGUGGAGAGUUUGAUAAACAAGAGGCGAUUGGAAUGGCGCGGAUUGGGAUAAGCUGUACACAAGAGAUACCAAACAAUAGGCCUAAUAUAGAGACAUUGCUUCAGGAGAUAAAAUUUAUGAAAGAAGAGUGAAUGAGUCUGUUUUUUAGUUAGUAAAGUAGUAACUUUGUUAAACUUUCUGCAAGAACCAAGAAGUAUGAUUAUCCGGUUGAGUAGAAUCACACCAAUUGGUUUUGUUUGUCUUUAGCAAGAACCGGGUCGUUUUAUAAAUUGAAUUUAUGUAUAUAAAUUAGAAAUAAGAUAUUAACACAAAACAUACACACAUACAAUUACAACUUGGAUCGUUUGGCUAAUGAAAGUGUGUAAUGGUUUCUGUUUAUUGAGGAGCAUACAGCUGAGAGCAACUAAGUAUUGCAGACUUGGAGCUACGCUUCAAGCUUACUCGAGAAUAUAGUUUGUGGAGAGUUAAGUCCUAAGGGAAGAUGAAUUCUGGGCUACAAGAAAGAAGCUACUUGGUAAAGAGUCCAUCAGACAGUCGAAACAACAGGUCAGGCUCAAGAGCAUGAUGGUUUCUAGCAUCAAACUAUCUACUGAUGGGCAGAUAUGAUCAUGUGAAAUUUCAGCUGGUUUACUAACCAUUUUCUUCACUCUUUUCCUUAGGGUGACAUUUACCUAGACCCCCUGACCCUGAGAUAAUUUUUCAGUACGCUUUCAGAUUUUUACUGAGAAGCCGGCUGUUCGGCAGGCAUUCAUAAAUUUUCCGAGUCAGACUUUACAGCACCAAAAAAUACAGCAGAAGCUGCUGAGAAAGAGGAACUCGCUGUCUUUCCAGUCCGCACGAAAGACAACACAGUCACAACUCGGACCUCAUCAUUUUUUUGAGUGUUGGUUUUUACGUAUUGUCACCUUAUGGUAAUGCUUAAUUUUAAUUUUCCGUAACACAGAACCAUGGGAUCCAGCGUGAUGGCAUCAUGGAUGUUGUUGAACCACCAGAAUGAUCAGUUUAAAAGAUCCCUUUUGCAAGAUCUUAAUCGCCAUGCUACUGUUGUAUUGGAAGGCAGAGUCUUUGAUAAAAACACCUCUAAGCACCUCUUUCGAAUUUGUAUAGUUCACGAAAUGGAAACAUGUACUUUUGGCCUUUUUGACUUUAGUUCUUGGUGGUAAGUUUACAAUGGUGCUAACUUAUUACUUAAAUUCGAAAGCAGAUGUUGAGUCAGAAGA